UACUCGCCAGUUAAAGGAGAGGGCGGAGGAGUGUGCCGCCCAGUCUGAUUUGGCUCCCUCGGGCUAGCGUCAUGGCCCGCGGGGAACGCAGUUGCCCGGAGACCCGGCGUCCUCGCUUCUGGGGCUCCUCCCUGCUUGUUGCUGCCGGGAAUUCCUACUGAGGUCACAUCGGAGUGUCAGGGUGGGAGGAGAAAGUAGAGAGGAGACCGAGAAGCAGAGAGAAAGAACGAACAGCCGCCGCCCCAAACCCUCUUUGAUCCAGCCUCUCCCUGGAGCCCCAAGCAGGAGGCGUAGGAACAGGCCUCCCAUGGCUCCCAAACGCAAGGCAGCCACCCAGCACCCAGAGGCCCCCACAGUGAAGAAGGAGCAGCCAGAGGAGCAGGACAGUUUCCGCUCAACUGUGGAGGCCCUCAAAGCUGCCCCCAAAGAAAAGCGAAAAGCACGUGUGGACCCUCUCUGCCCCCUCAGCAAAACGGCCAAUGCCCAGGUGUAUGAAGACUACGACUGCACCCUGAACCAAACCCACAUUGACAACAACAACAACAAGUUCUACCUUAUCCAGCUUAUCAAGGAGAGCGGGAGCUACAGCUGCUGGAACCGCUGGGGCCGAGUAGGAGAGACAGGACAGUCCAAGCUGAGCUCCUUUCCCUCCCUCGAUGAUGCCCGACGCAAUUUUGAGAAGAAGUUCCAGGAGAAGACUAAGAACAAAUGGGCAGAACGAGACCACUUUGUGGCCCAUGCUGGCAAGUACACGCUGAUUGAGGUGCAUGCUGAAGAGGAAGGACCCCAGGAGGUUACAGUGAAGAUUGACAGCACAGAUGGGUCCCCAUCCACUCGGCAGUGUUUUCGGCCCUGUACCCUCGACCAAGCCACCCAAGAGCUCAUCUCCCUCAUCUUCAGCAACGAUAUGUUCAACGACGCCAUGAAAUCCAUGAACCUGGAUGUGAAGAAGAUGCCACUGGGGAAGCUGAGCAAGCUGCAGAUUGCAAGGGGCUUUGAGGCCUUAGAGGCUCUGGAAGCGGCACUGCAGGAAAGCCCGGCUUCUAGCCGGUUGAAGGAGCUCUCAUCCCAAUUCUACACCAUCAUCCCCCACAACUUUGGUCGCAACCGGCCCCCCACUCUCGACUCCCUGGAGCUCCUCCAGGCCAAGAAGGACAUGCUACUGGUUCUGGCUGAUAUUGAGCUGGCGCAAGCUCUGAAGGCUAGCCAGAAGGAAGAGAAGGAGAAGGUGGAAGAGGUGCCCCAUCCCUUGGACCGUAACUACCAGCUCCUCAAGUGCCAGCUGCAUCUGCUAGAGCCGGGUAACCCCAAGUACCAGCUGAUUGAGACCUAUGUGAAGAAGACAGGCCCCACUUACCGCAAACUCCAGAUUCUCCAUGUGUGGGAGGUGGAUCGGGAGGGUGAGGGGGAGCUGUUUCAGGCCCACGAGAAACUGGGGAACCGGCGGCUGCUUUGGCACGGCACCAAUGUGGCCGUGGUGGCGGCCAUCCUCAAGAGCGGCCUGCGCAUCAUGCCCCACUCAGGGGGGCGCGUCGGCCGGGGCAUCUACUUCGCCUCAGAGAACAGCAAGUCUGCGGCCUAUGUGUGCUGCACAGCCCAGAAAAUUGGCAUCAUGUUCCUGAAUGAGGUGGCCCUGGGCCGGGAACACCACAUCGUGCACGAUGAUCCCAGCCUGCGCCAGCCACCCCCUGGCUACAACAGCGUCGUUGCCCGUGGCCAGACGGAACCCGACCCUACCCAAGAUAAGGAGCUGUUGUUGGAUGGGCAUCAGGUGCUGGUGCCCCAGGGGCCCCCAGUCCCCAUCGUCAACUACAGUAACUCCUACUUCUCUCAGAGCGAGUAUCUCAUCUACCAGGAAAGCCAGUGUCGCAUCCGCUACCUGCUACAGCUCCACUUCUGAGUGGGUCAGGCCCCUGCCCGGGUUCUUGGGGAACCCUGACCUGGACAGCUAUGACUCCCCUUCCCCCACCUUAUGGUUACCCCCCUACCCCCGGCCAGCCUGAGGAAAAAGCUUCCCAGACCCCAUAGGUCCUUGAAAAUAAAGAUGGGGGGAAUUUC